UGGUACGUUCCUAAGGGAAGAGAGAUAAGCUAUGUUUCUCUGCAGUAAAUAAAACUAAAGACUUUUAAAGUCUACAGAGCCGUUUUCUAUGAUUUCUCCUGCGACUGUGCGGGUUCUCUCAGAAGUCUUCGUCAACACCAAAGUUCAAAAUCAUCUGUAUGUUUCCAGUCUUGCUUGUUUAUCUGUUCUUAAAGACCCACAGAGAAGACCGUUGGACAAGCAUCACACUGAACACUCUCUACCAGUUAAGAUGAUACUAACACUAAAAUGCUCUUGGGAAACCCAGCACAGAGGGUUUGAGAGUGACACUCGCAGCUGAUCAGAUUGUUCUUUUUCCUUUUUUUUCUGUCACUCCAGCACUGCGAGUUUGGUGAGGCAGUUCUGUGAAAAUGUCCUGUGUUAAAGAGGAAGGUGAAGACAUCAGCGUCAUGGAGGCGUCUGGACUGAAGACUGAAGACGAGGAGAUGAAGAAAGAACAAAGUUUCCAAGAUGACAUUAAAGAUGAGUUCAAACAGGAAGUGAAGCCAAUUGAGGACGAAUAUUGCGUGUGGAAAUCUCAGCAAACCGGUGAUUGUGAAGAGAACUUCAGUGCUUCCCCCGAUCAGAAAGUUCCCCUGAGAAUUCAUACCGGAGAAGAAGCUUUCAGCUGUUCACAGUGUGGGAAGAGCUUCACCUCUGAGAGAGCUCUAAAACGCCACAUGGACGUCCAUGACGGAACGAGACCUCAUCAGUGCUCUGAGUGUGAAAAGAGUUUCAAACUCCCAAGAGACUUGAGACGACACAAGAAGAUUCAUACUGGAGAGAAGCCGUUCACCUGCUCUAAAUGCGGUAAAGGUUUUACAACCUCACAAAACCUCAAAGUCCUCAUGACAGUACAUACUGGGAAAAAAGCCUUCAUCUGCACUCAGUGUGGAAAAGGUUUUUCAUCACCAAGCUACAGUAAAACACACAUGAUGAUUCAUACUGGAGAAAGGCCUUUUACCUGCACUGAGUGCGGAAAACAUCUUUUAACGUCAAGCCUCCUUAAAGUCCACAUGAUGAUUCAUACCGGAGAAAAGCCUUUCACCUGCACUCAGUGUGGAGCAAGUUUCAGCACUCGGAGCACCUUAGCAGUUCACACGUACAUACAUACCGGAAACAAACCUCAUCAGUGCUCACAGUGCGAGAAGAGCUUUGUACGUGUUUCAGAGUUAAAACUACAUCAAACAGUUCAUACAGGAGAAAGACCUUUCAUCUGUUCUCAGUGCGGAAAGUCAUUUAGAGUAAAGAGAAACCUUCAUCUCCACAUGAUGAUUCAUACUGGAGAAAAGCCUUUUACCUGCACUCAUUGUGGGAAGAGCUUUUUUACAUCAUCUCACUACAAAACCCACAUGAUGAUUCAUACUGGAGAAAAACCAUUUGCUUGCUCUGAGUGCAGGAAAGGUUUUGUAAAAUCAGUUGACCUUAAAAGACACAUGAUGAUUCAUACCGGAGAAAAGCCUUUUACCUGCUCGGAGUGCGGAAAAGGUUUUAUAUUGUCAGGUGACCUAAAAACCCACAUGAUGAAUCAUACUGGAGAAAAGCCUUUCACCUGCACUCAGUGCGGAGCAAGUUUCACCACUUCGAGCGCCUUAGCAGGUCACAUGUACAUACAUACCGGAAACAAACCCCUUCAGUGCUCACAGUGCGAGAAGAGCUUUGUACAUGUUUCAGAUUUAAAACUACAUCAAACAGUUCAUACUGGAGAAAGGCCUUUUGUCUGUUCUCAGUGCGGUAAGACAUUUAGAAUAAAGAGAAGGCUCAAACUCCACAUGAUGAUUCAUACCGGAGAGAAGCCGUUUACAGGCUCAGAGUGCGGAAAAGCUUUUUCAAAUGCAAGACAGCUGAAAUCCCACAUCAUGAUUCAUACUGGAGAAAAGCCUUUUACCUGCACUCAGUGUGGAAAAGGUUUUUCAACAUCAGGUCUUUACAAAAAACACAUGAGCACUCAUACUGGAGAAAAGCCAUACACCUGCACUGAGUGCGGAAAAAGAUUUUCAAAUUCAAGCAGCGUUAAAAGACACAUGAUAAUUCAUACUGGAGAGAAGGCUUUUUCCUGCACUCAGUGUGGGAGGAGCUGUCCUACAUCAUCUCACUACAAAACCCACAUGAUGAUUCAUACUGGAGAAAAGCCUUUUGUCUGUUCUGAGUGUGGGAAGAGUUUCAUCACUCCAAGCGCCUUAGCAGGUCACAUGUACAUACAUACCGGAAACAAACCCCAUCAGUGUUCACAGUGUGAGAAGAGCUUUGUACGUGUUUCACAGUUAAAACUACAUCAAAGAAUUCACACUGGAGAAAGACCUUUCAUCUGUUCCCAGUGCGAAAAGACAUUUACAAUAAAGAGAAGCCUUCAACUCCACAUGAUGAUUCAUACCGGAGAGAAGCCGUUUUCCUGCUCUGAGUGCGGAAAAUCCUUUUCAAGUGCAAGAAACCUGAAAUGCCACAUCAUGAUUCAUACCGGCGAAAAGCCUUUUACCUGCACUCAGUGUGGAAAAGGUUUUACAACAUCAAGUCAUUACAAAAACCACAUGAACACUCAUACUGGAGAAAAGCCAUACACCUGCACUGAGUGCGGAAAAAGAUUUUCAAAUUCGAGCGACGUUAAAAGACACAUGAUGAUUCAUACUGAAGAGAAGCCUUUUUCCUGCACUCAGUGCGGAAAGACAUUUCGAAUACAGAGAAGCCUUCAACUCCACAUGAUGAUUCACACUGGAGAGAAGCCUUUUGCCUGCUCCGAGUGUGGAAAAACUUUUACAAAAUCAAACAGCGUUAAAAAGCACAUGGAGAUUCAUACACGGAAAAAGCUUUCUGACUGUUCUUAGUGUGGAAAGACUUAUACGAGACAGAAACGUUCACAUCACCUGAAGCCUUUUAUUUGUACCUAACUGUCCAGCAUGAGGCUUCAUAAAGGAGAGGAGAAGUUGAGUUGGUAAACUAGCCUAUAGCAUCGUGGUUUGUGUUCACAAUUUCGCAAAUCGAGAAUGUGUGCUCUGAAUAGCUAAUUCAGCAAGAGAGCAUGAGGUCAGUGUGUAGGGGGUGUAGCGAUUCUGAAACCAAGACCAAAACCACAAUACAAACAUUCACGGUAUAGUGUUGCAGUACUGGAAGACGAAACCAUGAUAUCCCCAAAUCCCAACUCACUGGUGCAGCCUGUUGAGCUCUCAUUACAUUACUAAUGUUACAAAACUCAUCCUCAUUUCACAUUUAUCACUAUAACACGUAAUUCGUCAAGUUAUUACUCUGUUUAAAGUUAGGGAAGCUGUAUACCAUGUUUUUAGUGUGCUUCUCUUUUAGUUUUCCAAAUUGAUGAUGGUGAUGAUUUAAUAAAACCCAGAAAUUUUCCCCCCUUUUUUCUUAUCACCCCCAACUCUCCCAAAACAACCCAAAAACCAGGGUAUGGACCAAACUGUGGCUCGAAAAUCGAGGUCUGAACUGAAUCGUGGAUUUGAAGGACUCUAACCCUAGCCUCCUCUACUCGUCUGAUCAUUCUAACUAACUGUUGAUACUGGAAUACAUGGGUUCUGUAACAUCUGGCGGAAAGCUAAUACUGUGUUCCACCAUAAAAUCAUACCAGCAGUGAAACGUGGUGGUAGUGUGAUGGUCUGGGGCUGCUUUGCCUCUGUGGGACCUGGAUGAUUUAUCAAAAUUGAUGGAACCACUGCAGAGGCGGCACAACCUGUUACUAGGUUUAGGGGGCAAUUACUUUUUCACACGGGUGAUAUAGGUUUUGAGUAAAUCUUUAUCUUCAAUAAAUGGA